AAAAAACCUACACCAAAAAAAAAAAAAGAGGAAAAAUUCACUCUCACCAAACCACCGAAAAAUGAUGAAGGCGUCGUUCAAAGCUAGAUACGAGCCAGACAAAGCGGCGGCCGGCGCCACCGUCGCUUUCAACGCCGGAGAUUUCAAGCUCCGCGCCUCCAUGACCGAUGCCACCGUCGUCAACGGCCCCUGUUUGAACGGCUUAGCUUUAGCAGUCGAGAAACCCGGCUUCUUCAUCAUCGAUUACAACGUCCCCAAAAAAGAUUUUAGGUUUCAGUUCAUGAAUUCGAUUAGGGUUGCAGAGAAACCGUUGAAUUUAACUUACAUCCACAGCAAAGGGGAUUCACGGACGAUAUUAGAUGGGAAUUUGGUGAUUGAUUCGGCGAAUAAGGUUUCUGCAAAUCAUGUGUUCGGCACCGGGAAUACAAAGUUUAAAUAUACUUAUUUACAUGGUGGAUUGGUAACUUUUGAGCCCAGCUAUGAUUUGGGGAAAAAUGCAUGGGAUUUUGCUGUUUCACGCAAGGCUUAUGGGGAUGAUAUGUUUAGGGCCACCUAUCAGACAUCCAGCAAGAAUUUGGGGCUCGAGUGGUCACGGAAUUCGAAGGUCAAUGGGUCGUUUAAGAUUUCAACAUCCGUCAACUUGGCAGAGGAACGCAAAAUCCCAAAAUUAUGUGCCGAGACUACCUGGGACUUCGAAAUGUGAUCUCUCUCCACUUAUUUUUUCAGCAAUGCAAGGAUUCAAUCUGUAUGAAGAUGAUUCAUUUUCUUUUUUUGCCUUUAAUCACAGCUGUUUAUACUGUUCCAUUUCCCAAUGAGCUAGCUGACAUUUUGCAGCAACUUUUAGCUAUUAUUUGAAUUUCAAUUUAGAAUUUAUGCAAGUGCCAUGAGAGAGUUUCACUUGUGCA